GUUCUCCAACUCGUGCUUCUUGGAUACAGACGGACAGGCCACCUGCGAUGCCUGCUUCCCGGGCUACACAGGACGCCGCUGCGAAAGGUGCGCUCCUGGCUAUGAAGGCAACCCCAUCCAGCCAGGUGGGAAGUGUGUGCCGAUUGGAGGAGGCCCCCAGAUUCCAGAGAAGGAGGUUGUCUGCGACGAGCGAGGGGGCAGGAAGGCCUCGGAUGGGGGCUGCCAGUGCAAGCCCAACGUCCAGGGGCCAUCGUGCAAUGAGUGUGCCACGGGCAGCUUCCACUUGAGCCACAGGAACCCCGAGGGCUGCCUCCGCUGCUUCUGCAUGGGGGUCUCACGCCAGUGCGCCAGCUCCUCCUGGAACAGAGAUCAGGUGCAGCUGGCUCACGAAGAUGCCCAGCGGGGUCAGUUCAGCCUCGCCAACUCGGCCAACACCCAGACGGUCAGCGAGGGGAUUCGCUUCACGGGCGGCUCGGAGCUCACCUUCUCUUCCUUCCACAUUCUGCCACGGGACGUCUACUACUGGGUGUUGCCCGAGCGCUUCAGGGGAGACAAG